AUGGAGGCGUGCCUGGAGGACCUGGGAUGCAUCUGCGACCACCUCGACGUGCCGCCCCCCUCGAGGCAGGCGCUGCUCCCACGCUUCGCCUCGCGAAGGCUCGCCCUUCGCGGCGGUGCCCGUGAGCUUGGCCCCAGCGACCUCUCGUGGCCGCAGGACGAGGUGGUGAAGGCCGAGCCCCCUGACGCAGCUCGGUGGAUGGCGUCCCUGCCGGCCGCCGCCGCGGCCGGCGUCGGUGUCUGGCGCGCCGCCGUGGCAACGGAUGAGGGCGAGGGCGAGUGCGGCAGGCCGAGGCCCGACGCGCCCGUACCCGGAGGAGGGCGCUGGGGCCGCGGCAGCGGCAAGGGCCACCCAGGCGCGCGCCAGCCCGACGGCAAGGGCAACAGUGCAGCGGCUUGGAGCUCCAAGGGCAAGGGCGAAUGGCUGGACCAGCCUUCAGCGCCGCCGCCCUGGAGCACACUCUACGAACGCCUCGCCGCGACCGGCAAGAAGUACCAAAAUUUGGCCACUCAACUCGUUGGCAAGCCCAGGGAUACUUCAGACGGCGCCUCUCUUCGGUUUUGCAUCAAAGACUUGGUCGAGUGCAAGAGUGGCCUCAUGUCUCUCAUUUUGUGGAUACUUUUCAAUGUUGAUGACUACGAACUGUCGCCAGAAGACAAGGAGACGAUCCAGGUCAUAAAGGCUGGGCUGUGCACCCAGCUGCAGGAGUUGACCAAGGGCCUCUUCAGCGGUUCGGUAGGUGGUGAGGUGGUGCUGUUGUGGCUGGCGUUCGAGAACGGGCUCGCGUAUGCGCGAAAGGAUGGCCACCAAGUGAAGGUUCAUGUCAGCACCCCCUCGCUGUCGCCUCGAGGCGCGGACUUGAGAGCAGGGUGUGGGCCAAGUUGGUCGAACGUGAAGUCCAAGCUGCCGCUGCUUCCCACCUUCCUUGCGUGGGCUCUAGAGGACAUUGGGAUCAUCGGCGGAAAGUUCCCCGGGCGCGCGGCCACCUCACUGGUAGGGCCUACUUUGGCCAUGAAGCUGAGUUCGACAGGGUUAGGUUGGAGCAUGCCCUCGUUUGGCCUGGCCGUGGACCAGCGCAGGAACGAGCUGCCGCUCACGUUGAUCUCGCCUGCGCUGCUGACGCGGCGCCUGAGGGCGCCGACGGCGCCGUGCUACGUCGCCUGUGGUUUUGCCUGGCAGUCGAGGCUGCGCGCGUGGGAGCUCGUGGCUGGCGCAGUGCUGGUGGAGGGUGCCCGACUCGAUGAGGACCUUGGGGGCAACGAUGGCCUUGAGAGCCGACCACAGGCCGCCGAGGCCGCCGGGGCGGCCGAGGCCGAGGUGCGGACGCCGAUCGCUGGCUGCCUCGCGCCGGCGGUGGCGCUGGACACGGAGGUCAGCAUGAAGGCCCUCCCGGCGCUGUGGCGAGACUCGAAUUCUUCGGCCAUGGCAUGGCAGAUCGCAGUCAACAGUAACACGUCUUGGCUCAAGAACUACGGCUUGCAGGGGGAGUUCACGGAAGCGCAUCUCCAGGAGCUACUGGAGCAGAAGUGGCAAAACGUGAAGAGUACAAUAAGCGCGGGCCCAUUCCAGAACAUCAGCGAAUUAAUUUGGGACGCGGCUAUUGGCAAGCUCGGCGACGACGAGGGGGAAGGGUACCGCCGCAGUCGGGGGCCCAAGGAGCGACCAAUCACCAUGGCUGAUAUAGUCGAGGCGAAGCUCGGUAAGAAGUACGUCGGCUGCGCCGUAAUACAGAUCGACGCCCCGCAGACUACGGUUCGGCGGGAGGCCAAGGCAGCGGCGCCGGCGCCCCCGAAAGGCCCGCCGCCGCGUCACCUGUUGCAGGGGCAGAUAGCCAAGGCAGCCAGGCACGCUUCGGACAGGGCCGAGCUGCUGUCGCAGAUCAAGCAGUGGGUGUCCAGCUGCCAGCUGAUCGCACCCCGGGCGGACGCCUUGAAGAAGCUGCCGCACGGAGUUGCGCACAGCAUCGUGGAGCAGGCGAAAUCGUUGGACAGGGACCACCAGGUGGGCGACGGCAUUGACAAAAUCAUCAAGGAGCAGCUGUUGCUCCACCAAACCUGGAAGACCUCCGAGGAACCGCUGGCCGCGAAGGCGAAGGCCCAGACGCUCGCCGCGCAGGGCCCAGCCGUUGCCGGCAGCUCGGGCGCUGCUGGAGGGCCGUCCGCGCCGUCCAGCGGCAGGGCGCGGUCCGACAGCCCCGGGGCGGCCCCGAGAGGCCAGAGCCCGCGAGCCGACGAGCCCGAAGCCCCCGCGGCCCAGCGGCCGCCCGAGCCAAGGGGCGCGCAGCCCGCCCCGAGACCGAGGGAGCCGCUGCCGCCCGGGCCCCUCCGCGAAGGGCCCGGGCGCGAGCCCGCUGUGCCCGAGCGCACGCCCAGGGACCGAGGCCGCAAGCUGAAGCAGGCGCACUCGGUGCUCCAGGAGAAGAUCUCUCUUCGGCACGGCAGGGGCCUCGAGCUGGACGUCAAGUGGAGGAGUGCUGAGUUCUUCAUCCUGGACCUCGGCUUGCCCCACGAGAUGGUGCUGGCGAUGCUGGCCGCCGGCGUGGACCCGCUCGCUCCCGCCUCGCGCGAGGCCAAGGGUCUCGACGGCACCCUCCGAGACAAGGCUGAUGCCGUCAGGCGCAUGGUGAACCAGGCUGACGCAGAGGCGGCGGCGCUGCUGGAGGACAUGCUGCCCGAGGCGAAGCUGCUGACGGACUAUGAGGGCAGGAGGCGCUGCGUGUGCGGGACGCAGCUUUCGUCGGGCGAGGUCAGAUGCACCGUGUGCAACACGCGGACCACCUGCGACUGCGGCGCGUCCUACCAGGACUCGGCCAGGUUCUGCCGCGGCUGCGGCCACGAGCGUGGCGCUGCGCUGUGGGGCAAGCCGCCGCUGUACGUGGGGCGCAGGGUCAUGGUGCGGGACCCCAACCCGGCGUUCGACAACAAGGACGGCAUCAUCGUGAAUUAUGAGUCAGGAAGAUUCGACGUGCAGGUCGGCUCGGUGCUGGUCAAGGGCGUCGAGUACACAAAGAUGAGACUGAUGCCAGGGCAGAAAGAUGUGCCGGUCACCCUGAGACGGAAAGAGAAGGAUGAACCUAACCAAGGCGCAACCCCCGCCUCCACCGGCGUCCAGGCGGCCGCGGGCCCCCAGCAGCCCGCGCCUGCUCAGGGGUACCCUGGCUAUUAUUGGUCGUUCCCCUACUACGGCAUGGAUUACGGCAGCAUGUGGGGGCAGCAGUCGGCGGCCGCACACGCCGCGCAGGCUUACGCCGCCAGCGCCGCCGCGGCGGCCAGGAUGGAGAAGAAGAGGAUGAGGAAGGACAAGAAAAGGGGCGGCAAGCGAAGUCGCUCGGGCAAGAAGCGGAGAGGAAGCGGAGCAGGCAGGCGGCGCAGGUCCUCCGCGAGCUCCUCGGGCAGCACCUCUGGCAGGACCUCGAGCAGCGAGGGCAGCGGGAGCACCUCUGGCUCCAGUGGUCGCACAAGAAUAAGGCUGGUAGAGGCGGGAGCCGAGGGCUCGGCGACGCGGGCGAAGGCUUCGCCAAAGCAGAAGACCUGGGACGAGGACAGGGCCCGGGAGCGCCUGGCGCGGCUCCUGGGCGGCCCCGCGGCGGGCGCGGCGGAGCCGCGGAGGCCUUCCGAGGAGCUCCCGCCGCGCGCGGACGUGCCCGAGGGUGCGGCCGCCGAAGACGAGCGGCUGGCGGAGGCCAAGGCCGCCAAGGCUGCCAAGGCUCGGCGGAGCCCGUCGGUCGUCUUCGGGCCGGAGCCUGGCGCCGCCGCGGGGGAGCGCCUGGCGCGGUCGCAGAGGAGGUCCAGGAGCGCCAGGAGGCGGGGCGGCGCCUCUGGGCCCGCCGCCGAGGCGGCCGGGCCGGCAGCGGAGGCGCCGGCCGAGGGGAGGGCCGACUGGAACUCUGUGCCCAAGUUCGUGCCCAUGCCGAAAAAAGCGCUCGCGAAGGCCGCGGCGGAGGCGGCCGUCGCCGCGGCCGGCGGCGGCGGAGCGGCUCCGCCCUCGCCCCCUGAGCCUGGCAUGUGCGUCUUCUCCGACGCGCUGGCUCCCCCGCCCAAGGGCGCUGGGCCCGCGGAGUCGCUGAUAUCCUUCUGCCUGAGGAGCUCGCAGAGGCGACCACCCGUAGUACCGGGCACCGCGGCCAAGGCCGCCGCCAGGGCCGCGGCCACGUCGGGGGCGCCCCCUGCGCCCUCGGCGCCACCGAAGGCGCCCCCCGUGGCGGAGGCGGCCGCCGCGCCCCCCCCGCCGCCGGCGGCGCCGAAGGCAGCCAGUUGUGCCGAGGGCGCGUCGGAGUGGCCCGAGGGCUCGAAGGAGCGUGCGCUGCAGGACUGGUUGAGGGAGCUUGAUGGCGGCAAGGGGGCGCUGCUGCGGUACUUCGAGCCCAUGCAGCAAGAGUUCGACGCCGACUUCGAGCAGAUCGCCGCGGUGAAGCUGCCUGCGAAGGCUGGGCAGGGCGCGCUCGCGAGCAUCGACCCAUGCUUCUGGGAGGUC